ACAAAAACAGAUUGGUGGUCAGAAUUUAAAAGGACAAGUUACAGUUUCCCAUUUCUACAAAACACUUCUUGUCAUCUCAUCUCAUCUCAUCCUCCACUAUCAUCUUUCCCAAAUCCAAGUUCUUGAAAAAAUCAAAACCAUGGCUUCUGCUUCUUCCUUUCAACUCUCAAGCCUUCAAAUUCAAACCCCACCUCUUAAAAAAUCUAACUUUCUUGGUCAAUCUGUCAACCUCAACCUCAAUAGUAGUGUUCAUACAAAAACAACUAUGAAAUCAUCUUCAAACUCAGUUACACCAAUAGCAAAAUUCAAUCUUUAUGAGAUUCUUGGAGGUAGAGGUCUCUGUAAUGGAGAAGAGGGUAUAGAGAAAGAGCUAAAAAAGUCGAUUUCCGAAGAACAAAAGGCAGCAGGAUCAGCAGCAGCAGCAGCUAGUGAUGAUGAUAAUCAAGAAAACAAGGAGACUGGGGAGAUACCGGAGGACGGAUUUGAGAAAGAAAUGAUGGGGUUUACUGGCGGAUUUCCGGGAGGUGAAAAGGGUCUAAAGAAAUUCAUAGAGAAAAAUCCACCACCACCCAAGAAAACAGAAUCAAGUAUGGUUUCUGGUUUUAAUCAAAGUCUUGUGAAGAAACCAAAACCACCUGAACUACCACUUUUGUUACCUGGGAUGAUUGCUAUUGUCAAGAAUUCUAAUAAUCCAUAUUAUAUGUAUUGUGGGAUUGUGCAGAGGAUUACUGAUGGGAAAGCUGCUGUGCUUUUUGAAGGUGGGAAUUGGGAUAGGUUGAUAUCUUUCAGGCUCGAAGAACUUGAACGUAGAGAAAAAGGACCACCAAUGGUGAAUCUUAAGUCUGUGAUACUUGAGAAGAUGGUAGAAAACAGCUCUGAAGCUUGAAUUGCUUCACUUUUUAUUGAGUAGAUUGUUUGUUCUUUUGUCUUUUGGGUUGUUGUACAUACAAUCUGUUAGUUUUGUAAUGGCAAUGGCAU